UUAUUGUUCUGCGUUGUUGUGCGACUGUGCUAAAAAAUAAUAAUCUAAGGUCGUGGGUUAUAUUGUUAUAUAUAAGUUGAUUAAACUGUGAUAAGGAUACCGGCCACCGGGUUUUCAGACUUUAAAAAGAAGUAUUACAGUAUGAGUAUUACACAUUACACAAGCACCCGUUCAGUUUAGGAGUUCACUACUUUAAACUUUACAAAAUUGAGCCGCUUUAUUUAAAUUUAAAAAAUAUUUUCUACAAAAAUGAUUAGAAUUAUUAAAGUAACUAAUCAAAUCUGGAGAAAUGCAAAUCAUGCUCAAAGGUUAUCGGCGAGUGUCUUGCGUUUUUCUACUUCUCAAGUUAAAGAUCGUUAUUAUACUGACAAACAUGAAUGGAUUGAUGUGAAAGAUAAUAUUGGUACUAUAGGAAUUUCAGAUUAUGCUCAAGAUGCUUUAGGUGAUGUAGUUUAUGCUGAGCUACCUGCUGUUGGAACAGAAGUAAAAAUAAAAGAUGAAUGUGGUGCAUUAGAGAGCGUAAAAGCUGCAAGUGAACUGUACAGUCCUGCAUCUGGCAAAGUAGUUGAAAUAAAUUCUCAGGUGGAAUCAAAACCAGCAUUAAUAAAUCAAUCUUGUUAUGAAAAUGGAUGGCUUUUCAAAUUAGAACUAUCAUCUCUGGAAGAAAUACCGAAUUUAAUGAAUGAAGAACAAUAUGCUGAAUUUAUUAAACAGGAUCACAGUUAAUUCUAAAAUAAGUAAUUUAUGAUCUGUUAGACAAAAUUUACUAAAUAUAGAAUAUUGUUUUACAUUGAUUAUUACUGUAUGUUUAACAAGUAUCCCAAGUAUAGGUGACUUCUGUAUAUUUUUUUUUAUUUUCUUAUUUAAACUUUGUUAAUAAUUUACUUAAGUUGUAUGCAUUUAUCUAAAUAAACUUAUAUAUUAAAUACAUA